UCCGCGGUCACACUGCCACCGACAUCGCGUAAAAACAAAAAAAUUUUGAUUGGUUAUAAUUUGUGAUAACCAUGGCAAAUCCAAUGCGAAGCAAGGAGGAGACAUCCGGCGAGGAUCCCUCCAGCACGGAAACCAUCGAAAUACCCGAUCGGGAGGAUGAUCAGGACAUAUGUGAAUUGGAGCACUUGCGUAAGCUAUUUAUCGGUGGCCUGGCGCCCUACACCACCGAGGAGGGCCUCAAGGUGUUCUACGGGCAGUGGGGCAAGGUGGUCGAUGUGGUGGUGAUGCGCGAUGCCGCCACGAAACGUUCGCGUGGUUUCGGCUUUAUAACCUACACAAAGUCCACGAUGGUAGACAAAGCACAGGAGAACCGGCCCCAUAUCAUCGACGGCAAAACGGUGGAGGCCAAGCGGGCGCUGCCACGCCCGGAGCGUGAGACCCGCGAGACGAAUAUAUCCGUUAAAAAGUUAUUUGUCGGCGGCCUAAAGGACAAUCAUGACGAGGAUUGCCUGCGGGAGUAUUUCGUGCAAUUCGGCAGAGUGGUUUCCGUGAAGCUGCUCACCGACAAAACGACCGGCAAGCGUCGGGGAUUCGCAUUUAUCGAAUUCGAUGAUUACGAUGCUGUGGACAAGGCAAUACUUCAAAAACAACAUUCCAUUAAAUACGUGCACGUGGAUGUUAAGAAAUCUAUUUAUAACUUGGAGAAGAAAGACAAACAGUCCCAGGGACCGCCGACCAAUGGCAGCAAGCCGCCACAGCAACAGCCACAGCAGCCGCCUCAGCCGCAUAAUGGCAAUAUGCAGGCGCCCGGGUACCGUCCGCCUGUGCCUCCACAGCAGCCAAUGCCUCCGUAUCCGCACCAGCCGCCGCCACCAAUCAAUGCCCCGCCACCCAACUACAACUACUGGGGUCCGCCGCCACCGAUGCAGGGCUACUAUCAGCAGCCACCGCCGCAAAUGAACGGCUGGAAUGGCUAUCCACAGAAUGGCUGGAAUGCUCCGCCGCCGCCACCGCCAGGCCCACAGCAGUGGCAUCCCAGUCAAUGGGGCUGUCCGCCGCCUGUGCAGCCACCGGCAGGUGCUGGGGGACCACCAAUGGAUCAUCAUCGCAACGGGCCACCUCCGCCGGCACCGGGUAACUGGAACAUGCCGCCCAAUGCACCGCCACCCGUACCUGGAGCACCACUCCCACAGGGUCCGCCGCCACACCAGCAACCGCCUCCGAAUUUCGGCACUGGCUACCAGCAGAACUACGGCGGCGGCCCCACGAAGCACAACAACAUGAAUGCGAAUCGCAUGAAUCCCUAUGCGGCAGCUCCCCCCAACAAUUACCAUAAUGCACAGCCGCCAGCAAGUGGCUAUGGGCCGUACAGUUCUCCAGCUCCGCCGCCGAAUGGAAAUGCACCGCUGCCAAAGGGAGUGUCAAACGGUUCGGUGGCCGUUGGGGGCAGUGCCAAUAGCAAGUAUCGCCGCUAGAUUGCCGGUAAGUAGAGAGCGCCCUGCGGCCGCAACCCGUCCCCUCGCCAUUUAGCUGUCGUUUAAUUCAUAAGGAAAAAAAACAACCAAAAUACGUCUUGCCGACCCCCCCAUAUGUAUGUUUAAAAAAAUGUUUAACGUAUGAACUAAUGUGAACAAUUCUUUUUGAUUUAGAUGCCUUUUUGUGCGCACUUUGUGCAGCAAAAGAAUCAAGAUACUGUUAAGCUAGCAACACACACUCGCUUAGAGUUAGAGAAUCAAGAAACAAGAAACAUGAAACUGAAAAACAAACAGGACACUUAACGCAUUGUCUCUCUAUCUAUCAAUAGGACAACUAACUACGGUUUUUACUCUACACCUAAGCUAUACCAUUGAUAAUUUAACUAUCGAUCUAAGCCACAGACCAUAUGUAUAAAUAUUUUCUAUAACAAUGUUUGGGAGGUCCAAAGGUCUAACCCUUGACCAUUAUUGCAUACAUUGCGAAAUGAAUGUAUGCCUUCCCCCACUUAGAACCGGGGAAUAUGCGCCGGAAAGAAUUUAUUGAUUACCAGUGCUCUCUAUCUUAACAUGAAUCCUCCCAAAUCUCUGUACAUUUUUUCGAAACCAAGCGUCCGUGCAGCGCGCGUUUGCUUGCAAAAAAUAUUAAAGUAAGGAUUGACAAAUGGAAGCAAUAAAUAAAUUAGCAAUUAGUUACAAAUUACGCAGCUUUAGCCUGAGCUUAUUGGCCAUAAUUCGUAUAGCUAGAUAAUAGAGACUUUGUAUUACCUAAAAACAAACAAACAAACGCAAAAAG